AGGAACUUUUGCGAGUUCCAAUGUCAACCCAAAUUGCCUGUUCGGUAAUGGUUUUAAUUGCCAACUUUUAUUCAAUGUCUUUGCUCUCAGGCUUCGAGGAUUUGGUCGUGUUCAUCAAGCUCGUCUUGUAUCAAAUGUGCAUGCUAACACAAAUCUUCAUACUGUGUUACUUUGCCAAUGAAAUUUCAAUGAAAAGUUCAGAUAUAUCGUUUAAUUUAUACAAAUCGAAUUGGUACGAUUGGAACAAGGAAAAUCGCAAAUUGGUAUUGCUAAUGAUGAUACGCUUUGAGCAGCCCAUACGUAUAAAAUCCAUCAAUAGAUGUUAUUCCUUCAAUUUGCCAGCAUUUACCUCGAUCGUCAAUUCAUCUUACAGCUAUUUUGCUCUUCUGAAACGCAUCAAUAGUUAAGCACCGUGAAAAGGAAGCGGAAAUUUAUGUUCAUGAAAUGUUAUGUAUCUAACGCAUUGAC